GGAGGCACAGUUCAUCAUCCUCUAACCCCAUCCAGCUCGAGAAGAACAAGACGAACACGCUCUCUUCCAAAGCUGAAAGCAUGGGUUCGACUCGCCUCCUCGUACUGCUCGCCGCCGCUUCCCUCCUCCUCGCCACCGCCGUCCCGGCAGCCAGAGCACAGGAAGAAACUGAUCACGAGGAGGAGUUCACGUACAUCAGCGGGGACGAGAAGGGGCCGGAGCACUGGGGCAAGCUGAAGCCGGAGUGGGCGCAGUGCGGCGCCGGCGAGAUGCAGUCGCCGAUCGACCUCUCCCACGAGCGGGUCAAGCUGGUGCGCGACCUCGGCUACCUCGACGACUCCUACCGCGCCGCCGAGGCCUCCAUCGUCAACCGCGGCCACGACAUCAUGGUCAGGUUCGACGGCGACGCCGGCAGCGUCGUCAUCAACGGCACCGCCUACUACCUCCGCCAGCUCCACUGGCACUCCCCCACCGAGCACAGCGUCGACGGCCGCAGGUACGACAUGGAGCUGCACAUGGUCCACGAGAGCGCCGAGAAGAAGGCCGCCGUGAUCGGCCUCCUCUACGAGGUCGGCCGCCCCGACCGCUUCCUCCAAAAGAUGGAGCCAUAUCUCAAGAUGAUUGCGGACAAGGAGGACAGGGAGGAGAAGGUGGGCAUGAUUGAUCCGAGGGGUGCAAGGGGUAGGGCCAGCGUGUACUACCGCUACAUGGGGUCGCUCACCACGCCGCCUUGCACGCAGGGGGUGGUCUGGACGAUUGUCAAGAGGGUUCGCACCGUGUCGAGGUAUCAGCUCGACCUUCUCAGGGAAGCUGUGCAUGAUGAAAUGGAGAACAACGCGAGGCCCCUUCAGGCGGUGAACAACAGAGACAUCUCCAUUUUCCGGCCUUACCCUCAUAAACGCUAUUAAUUAGCGGCGGAUUUGUCGUCUGAUGUGGAUUGGUAGCCUAAAAUAAAUAUACACAUGCAGAUAGGAUCACACGUAGGGCUCAUUUUGCCGUUCGUUCGAUCCUUCUAUCACCCCUCCUUUUCUUUUGAGAGGACUGAUCUCUCACAUUUCGAUAUAUAGCUGAGAUUUUUGUAAUUCUUUCCAUUACUGUUCCUGGUUGAUUGGAUUGGAAUAAAACACUGUUCAUUAAUUUCA